AUGGCCGACUACGCCAAGAAGAAGAACGACGAGCUCGCGGCGCUGUGCAAGGAGCGCGGCCUCGCACACACCGGCAAGAAGGCUGAUCUCGUCAAGCGCCUCGAAGACCACGACACCCAGACCUCCGGCGCCGCAAAGCCUGCAGCACCUGAAGACGAGAUCGACUGGGACGAGGAGCCUGCCACUGAAACCGCAAAGGCCGCCACAACUGAGCCUGCCGCCAACGCGAUAGCUGCUGGUGGUGUUGGUGAAGUCACGAACCCACAAGCAGUGCCAAACCAAGAAGCCGCCAUUGACCCAUCCAAGACCGACGACCUCGCGGUUUCUGCACCAGCAGAAGAGCCAGCAGCGACUGAGGAGAAGAAGGAGGAGCCGAACUUCAGCACCGGCCUGGCGGAGCGCACACUUGAUGAAGAGAUUGAGAAGCGCAAGGCACGUGCGCGCAAGUUUGGAUUGCCCGAAGACAGCGAUGAGAUCAAGAUGUUGGAGCGCGCGAAGAAGUUUGGAGACACCGACCUGCCAGGACUUGGUCUGUUGAACAAGGCGCUGUCAGAGAAGACCGACCGCAAGCGUGGGAGAGAGGGCGGCGACAAGGAGGGUGGCAUUCGCAAGAGGAGUCGUGGACGUGCAGGUCCAGGAAAGAAGCAGCGAGGCGGCGACAAGCCUGAGAGGAAAGACGGCGUGGACGGCUUCCCAAGCUGGAUGACAGAGGCGGAUCGAGAGGCUGCGGCGAGACGCAAGGCCAAAUUCACGGCUUGA